AUGGCGGCUCAUGGGUGGAUGUUAUCUACCUUGACUUUGCUAAAGCCUUCAAUUCUGUGCCACACAAACUACUCAUGGCAAAAACCAUCUGCUAUGGGUGUGAAAGAUGAUCUCUAUUACUGGCUGAAGUCCUUCAUUCUCGAUAGGAAAGAGGUGGCUAUGGUUUUAGGAUAUCAUUCUUCACCCUACGAGAUGACAUCUGGUGUACUACAGGGAUCCGUUCGUGGAAUCCUACUGUUUGUUGCAUAUAUUAAUGACAUAGAUACCAACUUGAGGAAUGUUACAGUGUUGAAAUAUGCAGAUGACAUCAAACUGUACCUCGAAAUAAAAAGAACAGAUCGUAUGCGCUAUAGAUCUUACCUGCAAUCAGACCCGGACACAAUGCUGCAAUGGGUCUCUGACUGGCAACUCAAGUUAGCUGUGGACAAGUGCGUCACCAUGCACUUUAGGAGGAAAAACCCAGCCUUUACAUACUUCCUCAGCAACACCAAUCUCAAGAAGUCUUCUAGUGAACGUGAUCUGAGUAUUAUCUAUUAUGAAGCGAUCUGCGUUGGACUAACCGCAUCUCUAAGAUUGUCAAGAAGGCUGAGGGUGUCCUAG